AUGGCUGACGAUGGAGAUUAUGAUGAUGGAGGUGAUAUGGGUAUGGAUGAUGAUAUGGACGAAGACGAAUACAAUGAAGAAGAUCAAGAUCUUGAUGGAGAGCAAAAUACCCAGUCAGGUGGACAACAAACACAAGGUGAUGAACGAAUGGAAAUUCUCAACGAAGAUGAUCUUGGUGGAGGACAACCAGGAGUAAGAACUGAUCCAUCAAAGCGAAUCACAACGCCUUAUAUGACAAAAUAUGAACGAGCACGUGUUCUUGGUACACGUGCAUUACAAAUAGCGAUGUGUGCACCGUUGAUGGUGGAACCCGAUGGUGAAACUGAUCCAUUACAAAUAGCAAUGAGAGAACUGAAGGAGAAGAAAAUUCCAAUGAUUAUUCGUCGAUAUCUACCGGAUGGAAGUUUUGAGGAUUGGAGUAUUGAUGAGCUCAUUAUUACUGAUUAA